AUGGUUCGCCACUUUGGUCCAGAUUCAGAGGGAGAAUGCAGUAAGGCAAAGCACACAGCUUGGGAGAAACCAAGGUGCCAUGCGAGUUGUAGGAAGACACUCUUUCUUGGCCAUAUCAAGAGAAGGCUGGGAAUAAACAGCUUCACCACCAAUACCAUACAAGGGUUACCGGGAUUCACUUUGGAUGUAUGUCAUUGUGUAAUGGGCAAGAAAUACUUCAAUAUCUCCCCUCCUAAGUCAAUACACAUUAGGAUUCUAUUAUUGGAUGACAACGAAGCAGGGACCAUGCCCCAAGAUGUGGAGAAACCCUAA